GCCGCCGGAGGCGCUGCACCUGCGGGCCCACGCGCUGCGCGUGGCGGGGGAGGUGGGCUCGCUGCGCCAGCGCUUGGCGGAGGCGGGCCAGGGCGGCGUGGGCAGGCAGCCUCCGGCGCGCGGCGGGUGGGAGGCGGCGGCGGUGCUGGCCCCAGUGCCAGAGCCGCUCCCAGACACCCUGGAGGUGCACCGCAUCCUGGAGCAGCUGGACGCCGUGAACGGCACGAUCGUCGCCCUGGACGAGGCCAUGGCGGCCGCGAGCCUCAGCGUGUGCUCGCUGGCGUCGGACGCCCCGAGCAGCGCGACAGGCCGCUGCGAGCCGCUGGGCCACGCGGUGCCCCCCACCGCCGCGCCCACGCCGUGCACGGUGCCGGGCAGGCGGGUGGCCGAGCUGGCCACGGCGGGCGCGGAGUGGCAGCAGGCCCGCGGAGAGGUCGCCCCUGUGGCGGAGGCCGCCGCCGGGUCCCCCGCGCCCGCGCCUGGCAGCCCAGGCGGGGACGCCCCGCUGGCGGGCCAGGCGCUGGUGGCGGCCCGCGGAGAGGCCGCCCUCGCCGCGGAGGCCGCCGCGGGGCCAUGUGCGCCCCCGCCCGGCAGCCCAGACAGGGGCGCCCCGGCGGACCUGGCGCUGGUGGCGGCGUCGCCCACGCCGAACACAGUGCCUGCGCUGCUGUCCCGGAUCCCCGAGGAGCCGUGGGAGGUCGCGCUGUCCAGGGGCGUCUCGGUCGGGCGGCUGAACUGGGCGGAGGACACGGCCGGCAUCGCGUCCUUCUUGUGCUCCGGGCGCUCGCCGAGGUUCGAGAGUCCUGGGAAGGCCGACGUCGGCGUGCUGCCAGACGCGGGCAGCGAGUGCGAGGCCAUCGUAUUGAUAUCGCAGGAGGGGGGACUCGGCCUGGCGGACGAGCAGCCGCUGGUGGCGGUGGAGCAGCCCGCAGGCGUGGAGCAGCCGCUGCCGGUGGCGGAGAGGCCGCCUCCACCGCUCCUUGGGCACGCCAAGUCGUUCUCGGACGCGCUCGCGCGCCUGGAGGCCCCGCUGACCCCUGCGGACAUGCUGCUUCCAGCGCCGCCGCCGUCCGCGGCUGUGCCGCUCCCAGCGCCGCCGCUGCCCAACGCCGACCGCGAGGCGCCGUCCACGCAGGUGCCCGCGCUCGCGGCCGCGGCCUGCGCUGGCCUGAUCGACCGCGGCCAGGACGUCUCCCCGCCCCCGCAGGGCGCGCCCUGGCCUGGGCGGGCGCGGCAGCAUCUGCCGCUGGGCGCCCCAGAGCCAGAGGCGGCCUGCGACCCGCUCCGUUCGCCGCAGGGCGGGCAACACGAGCCCGCACGCGCGUCCUCGCGAGCCUCGCCGUCCAAGAGGGCGGAGCCAGAGCCAGAGGCCAUUGCCGACGUUGCGGGCCGCGCAUCGGCGCCGCGCGAGGGCCCAGGGCCGACGAAGAGGCGCCGCGCCCUGGCGGGCUGCGGGCUACUGCCCGGGACGAGGGCGCCCCCCGACAGCGACGCCAUCGAGACGUGCACACAGAGCUGCGCCGACGGCGGCGCUCCGCCCGCCGCGGCGGCGGCCGCCGCCCUGGGGCCCGACGUGGCCGCGGUGCCAGCCGCGACCGGCGGAGGCCGCAGCGGCGCGACCACCAGCGGACGGCCAGCGAGGUGCGGCGUCGAGGCGUUCCGCGCCAGCGGUGUCAUAGUUGUCGCGGACGAGGACGCGGACGAGGCGGGCGGCGAAGACCUACCAGGCGGCGCCAUCGUCGCGCUGGACCCCGCCGAGGGCGCGGACGGCACGGAGAAUGCUGUGCGCCUGGUCAGCGCGCCCUCGGCCCUGCCGAUGUCGCUCACUGACCAGCCCCCUGUCGUGGUGCUUUUUACCGGCUUCAGCCGGGACGACUUGUCGCGCUUUCGCCGCUGCGUCAGCCGCCUCCGCGGCGUCGUCCUGCGGGACCUGCCGCCGGACGCGCGUCACGAGGCGCGCCAGCCGCGCGUGGAGGCCAGGGCUGUGCGCGUGGUCGCGCGGUGCGAGGGCGACCCGUCCGCUCGCGGCAGUGACGCAGCCGCCGCCGCCGAUUGGUGUCUAGAGGCUGGCGGCGCCGCGCCGCCGUGGCGCAGGGCCGCGUGCCGGACGAUCAAGUACUGCGAGGCCAUCCUCGCGGGCUCCUGGGUUCUGUCGCCCGGCUGGGUCCUCGAGUCCUCGGAGGCGGGGCGCUGGCUGCCCGAGGCCGACUUCGAGAUCGCGGGCGACUCCGCCGGUUCAGGCGGCCCUGCCCGCGGCCGGCUCUGCGGGCCGCAGCUGCUGGCGGGCCUGCGGCUGCACUUCGCCGGGGCGGGCAGGCCGCCCGCGCUUCCCCGGCGGCGAGAGCCUCCGGGCAGCCGGGCGGCGGCGGCCGGAGCGGCCGCGGAGGGGCCACAGCCGCACGACCUGCAGC